AUGGAUAAUAACUUAAUUUCUUCAUUGGGUAUCGUUACAUGGACCAUUGUUGGAAGCAUGUCCAUGGUUGCCAUUUUAGGAAAUGUAUUCAUCAUAGUUGUGAGUGGGAACCAAUGGCUCCAAACCAAGAAGAUGGCACCUUUUGAUUUUCUCUUGACUAGUUUGAGCAUCUCCAGAGUGUUUUGGUAUGUAACCUCUGGACUUAACUAUCUUUUGGAAGUCAGCAUUGGUGACGCCUUUAUGUAUUCUUCUGCCCAGGAAGCCAUCGGUUUUGUCUGCAUGUUUUCUGGCAUGGCCAGCCUCUGGUGUGCUUCAUGGCUUAGUGUGUUCUAUUGUGUGAAGGUCACCAACUUUGCCAACCGCUUUUUACUCUGGCUAAAGCCAAGGAUCAAUGUGCUCUCGAUUAGACUGCUUGGAAUGUCAAUAAGUAGUCUUGUCAUCAUGUCCGUUCUCUUCUUCUGCAGUUAUGCUGAAGAAAAAAAGCGGUGCAAUCUGACAGGGAGCUUGCCAGUGAACAUCAGUCAAAGAAAGGCUUGUCAAGCCUUAAUUUUUAUUUUUGUUCCUUUUCAGUUAAUUGUUGCAUCCAUGAAUUUCAUCAUCAGCCUAACUGCAACCGUUCUUUUGCUCCUCUCUCUGUGGAAACACACAAGGAAUCUGAAAAAGAGUGGUAUUGGUGCAAAAGACCUAAGUACUCAGAUCCAUAUUAAUGUCAUGAAGUCUUUCGUGUUUUAUAUUUUCCUCUACAUUUUAUAUUUCACUGGUAUGCUAAAUUUGGCAAAUAAUUUGCACACUGCUAAUGCCAUGCAGCUUUUGUCUGCCAUCCUUCUUACCAUAUUUCCUUCAGCACACACCAUAAUAUUAAUUUUGAGCAAUCCAAAACUGAAAUCACUGUUAGUUCGCACUCUAAAUAUAAGACGAAAAGCUUAA